GCUCCAGAUGUUCCACAGCCCGGGCUGCUCACAGGUGGAGGGGCCCAGGGCCUAGGACGGUGCUUCGAGGCGGCAGGCGCCGGCGGGCUAUAGAGAGGCCGGGUCCAGAGCCCGGAGGCGCGCGGGGGUGGGCUCUGCAGCCGCGGGUUGUUUAUCUGGAGUACGGAGGGGAGGGGGGAGCCUGGAAACCGCCCCGUGUCCCAUUUCCUCCUCUUGUUUUCGCUCCGGAUUCUCCAUGUUGGACCCAAACUGAGGAGCCCGGAGCUGCCGCCGGGGGAUCGGGUCCGGGGGCACCCGAGGGAGCCACUGCCCGGGCCGCCCGCUCACCGUACAGGCCGCCUCCCUUCCCGGCCCAGGGAGGGAACAAGAGCAGGGAUGUGAACAGCAGUAGGAGUCGGAGUCUCGGGAGCUAGAGCCGGAGCCGGAGCGGGCCCCCGCCCAGGCCCCCCAGCCCAGCCCAGCCCAGCCUGUGCGCCCGCGCGUCCUCCCGCCCAGCCAGCCCGGGCCCGCGGGAUUGUUAGAUGGAACACGGCUCCAUCAUCACCCAGGCGCGGAGGGAAGACGCCCUGGUGCUCACCAAGCAAGGCCUGGUCUCCAGGUCCUCUCCUAAGAAACCUCGUGGACGUAACAUCUUCAAGGCCCUUUUCUGCUGUUUUCGUGCCCAGCAUGUUGGCCAGUCAAGCUCCUCCACUGAGCUCGCCACGUACAAGGAGGAAGCCAACACCAUUGCUAAGUCGGAUCUGCUCCAGUGUCUCCAGUACCAGUUUUACCAGAUCCCAGGGACCUGUCUGCUUCCAGAGGUGACAGAGGAAGAUCAAGGAAGAAUCUGCGUGGUCAUUGACUUGGAUGAAACCCUUGUGCACAGCUCCUUUAAGCCGAUCAACAACGCUGACUUCAUAGUGCCUGUGGAGAUCGAGGGGACCACGCACCAGGUGUAUGUGCUCAAGAGGCCUUAUGUGGAUGAGUUCCUGAGACGAAUGGGGGAACUCUUUGAAUGCGUUCUCUUCACUGCCAGCCUGGCCAAGUACGCCGACCCUGUGACAGAUCUGCUGGACAGGUGUGGGGUAUUCCGGGCCCGCCUGUUCCGUGAGUCCUGUGUGUUCCACCAAGGGUGUUACGUCAAGGACCUCAGCCGCCUAGGAAGGGACCUGAGGAAAACCCUCAUUCUGGACAACUCACCUGCUUCUUACAUUUUCCACCCAGAGAAUGCUGUGCCAGUGCAGUCUUGGUUUGACGACAUGGCGGACACUGAGUUGCUGAACCUGAUCCCCAUCUUUGAGGAGCUGAGCGGAGCAGAGGAUGUCUACACCAGCCUUGGGCAGCUGCGGGCCCCUUAGCCUUCCCUGCUGCCAAGCAACGGCCAUCCCAGUAGGGGACUUUCCUACACUGUGCCUUUAUGAUCAGCCUGACAGAGCGGAAGCUGGAGCAUCUCACCAGAUGAGGCCUGGAAACAGAAGUGAUUGGAAAGAGCUUUAGGACAGGUUAGAUGCCAAGUGGGCAGAUAAUCAGACCAGCGUUACCCAGAGCUGCCGGCUCCCCGAGUUGGGUUUCUGAGAUGUAAGAGUGAGAGAGAGACAGAGAGAGUGAGAGUGAGAGUGUGUGUGUGUGUGGCCUUGAACUGUGGCCCCGGGAUAUAAAUGUUUCAGGUUGGGGGAGAAGCUGAGUGAUCAAGACUUCCCUAGUCAAUCUGUCUCCUCUCUGGUCACCCUGAGAGCCACUGAGCUCAGUGGGGAUGAAGACUAUUGAAGGCUUCGUUGCCAAACCCACGGCCUUUCCUCAGCGUUGUAAGGCUUACGCCAAGGAGAAAGGAAGGGUAAGAGGCUGCCCCGGGUGUCCACUACACACCUUCCUGAAACCUUUCUCCGGCCAGCUGCUGCAGACAAAGAGGAUGUUUCUGGGAAGAUGAAAGCUUGUUUCCAGCCCGCAGGGCCGUCAGGUCCUGUGGCCCGAGGGCUUCGCUCGCCUCUGGCCGAGCGCCUGGCACAGGCCCCUUCCGUGUCUCCCCAGGGCUUGGGUGCUGGGCCUGCCUUCCUCAGCACCUGGCCAUAGUCUUGAACCUGUGGGGAAGGAGGUCUUCACCCUGCCCUGGAAGAGGACAGAUAACUGAUUUCCGUUCUUUGGACUCUUUUAAAAAUUCUUUCUAGACAUGGAGUGUUGGGCCUGUUUUGUUUCUGACAGAGCUUCAGUCCUGGGCCCAAGAUGAAUGUGGGAAGCCCUGGGGGUGCAGGGACACAGAAAAUCCCCAAAGCAUGAAUGUCUGUGUCCCCUCAGCUUACAGAGCGACUGAGCUCGGGACUGCGUCCCUAAGUCUGCUCUUCAGGGAUCCUGCUGGUGCUGGUGCAAGGACUUUGUUCCCAGGCUGGGGAAGGGCGCUCUGUGUCCCACCCUCCUGUUUCUCGGACAGGGCUCUUUCUCUUGCGUCUUCCCGCAGGGCCUGGCCUGUGCCGAUCGCGCUCCUCUUCACCCUUCCUGGCUGUGGCUCUUGCGCUCCGGGGCCUCAGGCACUCCUGCGUUUCCUGGCCGAGGGGAUGGGUGUUCUCUCCGUUUAGUUUGCCAGCCUAACGUGCGUGCCUCUUGCCAAUGGUAACAGGUGUGAGUGAGCCCUUCACACACCUGCGCUUUGCGUGUCUCUUUGCUUUCAAAGUUUCUUAAUAGUGAAUGCUUUAAAAAAUAGUCAAAAUGGAUGUUUCCCCAGGAUGGAAAACGAAAGGGGAAGUGCUGCUGUAAUUGGGAGCACAAGGGGCCCCCAGAAGGGAGCCCCACCUCAGCAUCACUGCCUUAACCGUGGCCUCCCCAGGGCUGGGGGGGGGUUGUCUCCUCCCCGCCUUCCCUCUGGGCAGGAGGGAGUUCCUGUCCUCGUCUCUGCUCUCCCUGGAGGCAGGUGUCACAGAGCAUUUGCAAAUCGCUUCAGGUGCAAGAACACUGCCCACUCAGGACUCAUCCCCGUUACCCUUUUCCAUUUCCACACACGGGGCCAGUCUGAGGAACUCGCCGGCUUCAUGAAAACCAGGUGUUGGACCGGCAGCAGGUUCUGACUGGCUAGCCUCUCUCUCUAGCUUUGUGGUGUCACCUCCCCACCUUGUCCCAAGGUUGUGAGGCCUUGUCUUUCCCUUUGGUGUCACAUGAGCAGAGCAGGGUCCCCAAAGUCCGUGUGGUUGUUUCCUAGCAUCAUUUCCUGGUGCCUGUGGGAUUCUGCUGCUGCGGGCGGAGGAAGAGGGCCCCAGGCCUGGCCAGGAGCGACGUCCCUGGGGGAAAACGGGAGCUUCGGAUUCUAAGGCCCUGGCCUAGACCUCUAUCCUAAUGUCGCAGGAGAGUCCUCUCUCCCAAGCCCCAUCCUAAGGGGAUAGCUCUUGGGCCAAAUCUUUGCCAUGGGGUCCAGCCAAGCUUUUCUGACUGAAUAAGCAAUAAGAGGCUCUAAGCUUACCCAGUUCCUAGGAGCCUUUCUGCCCUCCUUUGGUCUCCACGUUUCUGGAUGAAGGAAGAGCCUGUGCCUCCUGCUUCCCUAGCAGGCUUGUCCACGUGCUCUGAGUGACUCGUAGCCAGAGCCCAGGUUAGCUUGGUGGGUGUCCCCGCUGCUUCUGCAUGAAGCCCCAGCUCUACAGGCCUCGUUCCCAUCAGAACCUGCCCUGCCCACCUGCAGUUCCUCACCAGAAAUGCCACAUUCUCAUUUACCCCCUCCUUCCUCCCCUGGAGAAGCAGCUCGGCCAAAUAAGUCUAAACAGGGUCCAUCCUGUGGACCAGAGCCAUCCUGAAGUCAUUAUUUGCAUUCUGGUUUCCAGUUUCACAGUGUGUUAGGGGCAAGUGAUGAUUGCAAAACUUGCUCUGUAGAGGAAUCAGGCCAGACUCAUAUGGAGGAGGGCAAGACUGGGAGAGAGCUAGUGCACCCAGGAUCUGUUCCCGGGUUUCCCACCAACCCUUCCUGUUUGAGGCUGGUCUUCAGGAAGUAAUAAGCCAGCGCACCUGGUCAGCCCCAGUUCAAGCCAUGCCAGGAAUCUGCCCACCUGCCAGGUUCAGUUCUUUAAGGUGCCUCUUCAGGGACACAGUGUGUCUCUCUGAUUGGGCUUCUAAAUCAAAAGCCUGAUGUUCGUGUCCCUCUCAUAGGGGGAGCUUUGGACACAGGACCAGUUUGGAAAGGGUCAGGUAAGAGUUUCUACUCUGCACAUUGUAGAGGGGACACUCUGUAGGCCCAUGGGUCCCUUACUAUAGAGAUUGAAUAAAUUUGCUUUCAGUUAACCUGGGACCUUGUCUUUAAUUCCCUCCUUCCUCCCAAAGCUUUUGACCAUUUUGUAAGUGUAUAAAUUCACCUCUGAACAGCGGCCCAGAAGCUUCUCUGUGCUAAAAGCAUGGGAAGUCUAAAGGCAGUCAUUCCUUAGGAGAUGGAUCCUGUUCUGUUUUGCUGCCCCUGCCCUGUUCCUGAGGCCUCGUUCAGGAAGGCAGCCCCCCCCACCCCCCCGUCAGGCUGUCCCACAUCCCGUGUCCCAGCCAGGUCAACUGUCCGAGGAAGGUCAGCCUGUUUUCCCUUCAGGUCUUCAGGUCUUCAACUUACCACUGUUGUCCCUCAGUCGCCUUUUUUGUAAAAUGGAGUUUUAUUUUUGUCCUUUGUAUUUGUUCAAUGCCAGUAAAUACUCGCAUUCAAGCAGGGGAAGGGAGGCGGAGGUCUGCCACGCUGCCCGUUCCUUUAAUGCUGUCGGGCCCGCCCCUGGGGCAGACCCUCCUCUCGGGUGUGAGCUUCUGUGCUCGUCCUUAUCUCCAGUUUGACACGUUUCCACGUCGUGCCACUUAACCCCCUUCAAGAUGCCGUUUGGAGGGGUGGGGGAGAUCUGCUUCCCACUGGGCUGGGCUGUGGGGUUCUGACUACCUUGCUUACAGAUUCAUGGUUUGAUAAAUCUGUUGUAUUCAAAAACUUGAAAUGUAGGACGCCAUUAAGUGUCUGUUUAUAUUUUUGGAAUAUUUGUAUUACUUACAAUUAAUUAAUAAAAGUGGGUUUAAAAAACCCAUCUGUGAAUGGGA